CUCGAAAGAUGACGCCAUCCUUUUGUACACCUCAUCACCUCAUCACGUCUUUCGGAUCUUUCGAUACUUUCAGACGGCUUGGUAAUCCAAAAGGUGAUCUAUAAUUCUAUAAGCUAUAAACAUUGCCUAUAGCCUGUAGCUCACACAUCGUAUACAUCAGCCACCUGUGCUUCAUCAACGCUCGACUUCCGCACCAGACAGACCUCCUACGAUGGCUCUCCAACCCGCAUUGGCCUUUACCAAGAUUGGACACGGUCCCAACACCCUCGAACUAUGGCUGGAUAUCCUCUGCCCCUUCAGCAAGAAAAUCACACUGGCUAUCAACGAGAAACUCGUCCCCGCCCUCCUGGAUAGUUCCACCCCCAUCUCCAAAUCCCUGACACUCCUCAUCCGACCUUACCCUCAGCCAUGGCACGGUGCCGGUACAUUCACCGCCGAGGCCGUCCUAGCUUUUGGCAAAUCAUCGACUUUUGCCGCUGUCAAGGAUCAGGAUGAACGAAGCCGAUUAUGGUGGGCGUUUUUCGUCAAGCUGAUGCAGGAGCAAGAACGCUGGUUCGACAACCCGGUCAAGAACAAGACGCCGGAGAAUGUCCGAGACGAAUUGGCUGGAAUCGCGGGAGAAGUGCUCCAAGCGGAGAACGCAGUCAAGGGUCCUGCUAGCAAGGUCGUCGGGGAGAUCAGGGAUCUUCUCGCUGUCAAACCUUCAUCGCCGAAUGCCGGCACGAGCGUCACGGAUGAGCUCAAGUACUUCAUCAAGCUCGGUCGACAGAAUGCUAUCCACGUUACUCCUUCUGCGGUCUUCAAUGGCUUGUUCGAGUCGUCAGUAUCGAGUAGCUGGAGCGAUUCAGAGUGGAACGAGUUCUUCAAGUCAAAGGGGGUCGCUUCAUUUUGAACAUCCAACCCGAACGAGGCCAUCGCGAGACUGUAGUUAUACAAGAUAAGAUGUUCUUCACGUAUCGCCUUGCGAUGGAGCCUAGACCCGGCAAGGACCAGCGAUGGAUGUACUGUAUUUUCUAUAGAAGAUCGACAGACGAGAUCAACUCAGCAUCAACAU